AUGAGCAAUCAUCGAGAAAUAAACUAUUCCAGUAGUAGCACUGAACAUGAUGACUCAAUUUUAAAUCGUGGCGAGGAAAAAGUAAAAGAUAACAAUGAGGAAAAUGAAGACGGAGAACAAGAAUCUAGUGUGCAAAAUAAAGUAGAAUCUAGUGUGCAAAAUGACCCAGAAGCUAGAGUGCAAAAUGACCCAGAAGCUAGAGUGCAAAAUGACCCAGAAGCUAGAGUGCAAAAUGACCCAGAAGCUAGAGUGCAAAAUGAACCAAAGGAAGGAACAGGAAUUCCGCGCUAUACUGACUUGAGUAAACAAUUAGAGCCCGAUUCGAGUCGACUGCCUCUGGGUCGUCAUAAUGGCUACUCGUUCUUCAGUCGAGAAUACCAAUCUCAGCGAAGGGAUAUGCUUAAAAAAUUUUUGUUUAUCAAUAUUGCAUUGUGUCUAUUCAUAUUAUGUGCAUUUUCCGUCUAUUGGGGCUCAUUUUAUUUGAGAAAUCGGAAAUUUGAUCAUUUGAAAAUGUUGGUGGUGAUUGAAGACGAUCAAGUCAUUGAAGGAAUAGAACCGGUAUUCGGGAAUACCUUGAAGUCCAUUUUACAAAGUGAAGUAGGUAAAAAGCACGGCCAGUGGCAUAUUUAUAAUACAACUGAGUUUCAAAAACGAGCGGAUAAGCAAAAUAAUUCCAUCGACAAGGAGAUUAUAAGGGUAAUUAAUCGCCAGGAAUACUGGCUUUCAUUGCAUGUUCGUGCAAAUGCAUCAUACAAUUAUCACAAUGCUUUAAGCCAAGGAGAUACAAGCUAUAAUAUCACAGCAAACACCGUGGUAUGUGAUUAUGAAACAGGAAGAGACUUUCUUAAUAUGGGGCUGUAUAUUGUUCCACAAGUGCAAGCAAUUGAAAAAAUUUGGUUUCAAUAUCAGCCAAUUAUGACUCUGGCCUUAUCACAAAAUAUUGAAAUUAACCUGUCAUUGCAAAUCCAAGUUUUAAGUCUGCCUCUACAGUUUUUGAUGAUUGAUAGAGUACCUUGGACUGAUACAGUACUAGUGGCACCAUGUCAGGUUGGAUUUAUUUAUAUGAUAAUAAUAACCUUCUUUGGGUUUAGUUUUUUCAGUGAAGUGCAUCAAAAAGUAGCAAAGUCUGGCUUAAACAAAUUCCAGUUUUUGAUUUGGAGAUAUUUUUCAUCAAUAGUUACAUAUAUCAUAAUUUCCUUGUUUUUUGGGCUAGUCACCUUGGCAUUUCAAGUUGAUUUCACAGUCAAUUAUGGCAAACCGGGUUUUUUGGUGUACUGGUCAAUUGCAUUUUUGACUAUGUGUGCUGUUGGUUUGGCUAAUGAAAUAGUAGCUAUGCUUAUAAUUUCGGUGCGACCUCCAUUAUUAGGGUUUUGGAUGUUGUCUUGGGUUGUUUUGAAUAUUUCCCCAACAUUCGGACCAAUGGCUUUAAUGAAUAGAUUUUAUCGUUAUGGUUAUGGUAUGCCUAUUUAUAAUAGUUUUCAAGCUGCAAAGACUGUGUUUUUUGAUGUUUACAAGGGAGAUUUAGGACGUAAUUUUGGAAUAUUAGUUGCUUGGUGGGCUCUCCUCACUGCAGUUUUUCCAGUUGUGGUAGUUUACUUUGGAAAGACUAUGGCUAAAAAGGCACAGGCAGCUGCUAAAGCUCAAGCAGAAAUGUUUGCAGAAAAGCAAAAGGAGGAGGGAACAAUACAAGGAAGAUAA